AUGGUUUCCUUCGAUUUUGACUCUUCCUAUCCUUCCACUUCUUCUUCUUCUUCUACAUCAUCUUCUCCAUACACUCCUUUGCUCUAUCAACCUUCCCAUCAUCAACAACAUCUUCAACAACAUCAACAACAACCUCUACAAAUAUCCUCCAAAAUGGGCAACUUUAAAGAAAAAUUCCACAACUUUCUCAAGAAGAUUGAAACAGACCAUGAACCUGGUCUUUCAAACAAACAACUCUUUCUGGAAAACCACGACUUGCUCCCAGUUGAACCUGAACGCCGCCAGUGGCAGUGGUUUAACUUUGUAUCUUUCUGGAUCGCCGAUUCUUUCAACAUUAAUACCUGGCAGAUUGCUUCCACCGGUGUCGCUGCAGGUAUGACUUGGUGGCACGUCUGGAUCUCUGUCUGGGUCGGUUACACCAUUGCUGCCUUCUUCGUCGUCCUCAUGGGUCGCAUCGGUAGUGUUUACCAUAUCUCUUUCCCUGUCGCUUCUCGUUCUUCCUUUGGUGUCUUUGGCUCUUACUGGCCCGUCAUUAAUCGUGCUGCCAUGGCUUGCAUCUGGUACGGUGUCCAGGCUUGGCUUGGUUCUGAAUGUGUCCAGCUCAUGAUUCUCGCCAUUUGGCCCCAGGCUAAAAACAUUCCCAACCACCUCGAGGGCUCUGGUACAACCACCUUUGAGUUUAUGUGCUUCUUCCUCUUCUGUCUGGGUUCUCUCCCUGCCAUUUGGUUCCCUGUCCACAAGAUUCGUCACCUUUUCACUGUCAAGUCUAUCCUCGUUCCCUUUGCCGGCAUUGGCUUCCUCAUUUGGACCAUCAAGCGCGCCGGUGGUAUCGGCCCCGUUGUCCACCAAAAGAGAACUCUUUAUGGAUCUACCUUUGCUUGGGCUUUUGUCAACUCUCUCAUGGGCUGCAUUUCAAACUUUGCUACCCUUAUCGUCAAUGCCCCAGAUUUCACCCGCUUUGCUAAGAAGCGCAGCGAUGCUGUUGCUUCCCAGCUCAUCACCAUUCCUCUUGGUUUUGCCAUCACUUCCUUCAUUGGUGUCAUCGUCUCCUCCGCCUCAACCGUUCUUGUUGGCGAAACCCUUUGGUCUCCCCUCGACGUUUUGCACACCUUUUUGGAAAGUGGUCGCAGUGGCCCUAGAUGUGGUGUUUUCUUCAUUGCUGCCGUCUUCUGCCUUGCUCAGCUUGGUACUAACAUUUCUGCAAACUCUAUCUCGGCAGGUACCGAUAUGACUGCCCUUCUCCCCCGUUUCAUCAAUAUCCGCCGUGGUGGUUACAUUUGCGCUGCUAUUGGUUUCGCCAUGUGCCCUUGGAAACUCUUUGAGUCCUCAAACAAGUUCACCACUUACCUUUCUGCUUACUCUGUCUUCCUUUCUUCUAUUGCCGGUGUCAUCGUUUCCGACUACUUUUUGGUUCGCAAGGGUCACCUUAUUGUCAAAGACCUUUACUCUUUUGAAACUGGCAGUACCUAUAUGUACAAGUACGGUGUCUCUUGGAAGGCUUACACUGCCUACAUCUGCGGUAUUCUCAUCAACGUCGUUGGUUUUGCCGGUGCCACUGGUCGCGAUGUCCCCAUUGCUGCUAUCCGUGUCUACGAUCUCAACUUCUUUGGUGGUUUUGGAGUUGCCAUGAUUACCUACUAUGGACUUUGCUGGGCCUUCCCACCCCCUGAGAACCGUCUCAAGGACAAGUGGAGCCAGCCUAUGCCUGAAGAAAUUGAAGUCGCUGAGGGCUUUGCUGAUGUCAUUGAUGAAGGUGCCUCACCUGUUGAGUCAGUUAUGGAGGAUGAAGAUGAAGAUACUAAGAAGGGUGGCUGGACCGCUAAAGUCAAGGUUUUGAACAAACUUGUCUAA